AUGCGUGACGCCGCCUUUUCGUCGACCUCGAGUCGAUCGCAAUCUUUACGAUCACGAACUUCAUCGACAGCAUCUACUGCGAUUGAAUCAACUGGACCACAUUUCUACCUGAGCCGACGAGACUCGAAAAUCAGUAUUGCCAGCAGUCAGAUGGAAGACGUUGCCUCCGUUUCUCCAUCAACAUCAAUGAUGACCGAUUCAAGUGUCAAAGGACGAGUCAUUCAAGUGAUGCCGCCAUCACUGAUACGAAAGCGAACAUCGAUUUCAAAUUCGGAUUCUCCAGUGAUCUGCGAUGAGUCGAUGUCACAUCAAGGGUUUCAACCAAAUAAUGGCAAUGAAGGGAGUUCAUCGUCGUUGUUAGUCCGACAAAACACAGCGCCUUCAUUGAGUAACUCGAAAUUUAUCUACUUGAAUGAAGUGGUUUGGCAAAUCGAUGAAACUGUGUAUUGUGGUGGAAGGGAUUCAUACACAAAUCAAACAAUGCUUUGUCGAUUGAAUAUCGAAUAUAUUGUUGAUUUGAGUGGAAUGAAUGAUGAUGAUCAACCAAGACGAGGCGAUCUUCAUUGCUUAUGCCAAAAGCGACACGCGCGAACGAUCAUGACGAUCAAAGUGCCCGAUUUUGAAGAAGAGACAAAUCGACCUGUUUCGAGUAAAUUGCAGAAGCCAACCGUAAAUUUGAUGGAUUUAUUUCGCGAAUUCACCGAAAUGGCUGCAAAGGCGAAAGGAGCCGGAAAAGCAUUGCUUGUCUAUUCGAGAGAUGGAAGAAAUCGAGCUCCAGCUUUCGCUUGUGCCUACGUGAUGCACAAUAUGCAUUGCACGCGGAUGCAAGCUUUGAGCAAAGUGAAGAAUGCGAUGAUCAACAAGCGACCAUCCGUUCAAAUCGACGACAAUCUUCAGCGUGGAUUGAUGAGAUGGCAAACAACACUGGGCAUUAAACCAUCGGAUGCCGGUGAUCCCGAUUACACGGUCCCUCUAUUCACCGUCAAGCGAACAGCAUGGACU